AUGGUGGCUGCUAAAAGCUCCGGUUCAAAGUCUACUACUAAUAGUUCUGUGAGUACUAAAGACGGUGUGGUGGUUAAUGAUCUUACCCAUCUCAUUACCAGAUCGCCACCUUCUCCAAAAGGGCGAGGCAGAGGCCGUAAUAAAUUGAAGAUGCCACGUUCCUCGAAAAAUAAUCGUCGUUCAUACAAAUCCAAUAACAAUAAGAGUAAAGAGACAGGCAAAACGUCGUCUUCGGGUCGUAUUUCAGACGAAACACCGAUUAGGUUGGACGUAGAGGCAGUUCCGCCAGAGUAUGAAGAGAAGCCGCGUGAAGAACGUCCUUAUACAGAUUUUUUUCCUGAUCUGGACCUUCAGGAGCCUCUAAACUUGGACGUUUUGCCUGCAAAAGAAGAUAUACCUACAAAUAACGUAAAUGGCUUAGACAUCUCAGAACCUAUGCAUAUAGAUGAUUUGCCCGUUGAUGACAAUAAAGCUUCAGAUCAAAAAAAUGACCUGGAUCUACGAGAAUCUAUGAACACAGAUGCUUUGUCAGUGAAGGAAGAUAAAUUACCAGAUGAUAUAAGUAAUUUGGACCCUAAAGAAUCUAUGAACGUCGAUGAUUUACCCUUAAUAGAUGUUAGUCCUCUAGAAUUAAAAAGUCAAUCUGUAUCUGCAGUAACAGAAAACAAUUCUGAAUCUUUGGUUUGUCAAGUGGAACAAGAAUCCAAUAAACUUAUUGAAAUACAAGAAUUCAGUGAACCCGUGUCGACUAACGAAACACAGCAAGUUAAUCAGGUCUUGUUUACUAAAGAACCACAAGAAUCCAAUGAACUUGCAUCAUCUCAAGAAUCAAAAGAGCUACCAAAGCUACAAGAAUCGAAUGAAAUUAUCUCUCCUCAAGAAACUAAGGAAACUGGUGAACUCUUAAUCACUAAAAAAUCACCAAAAAUUAUUAAUAACGAAUCCGAAAUAUUGACAAGCGAAAAAAAUCUAAAUAAUUCAGAAACAUCAAAAAAAAAUUUUGAACAAGUAAACAUUUUAAUGGAGAUCGAUGAAAAAGAAGAUAAUUCGGAUGUGAAAGCAAUAAAGUUGGAUGAAUUAAUUGAUAAUCUUACCCUCGUUGAAAAUAAUGCUUCGUCCAAUAUCACAACAACUGAGAAAAAAGUCCCAAUAUUGGAUAGUGAUGAUCUUUUGGAAAGCUCUUCAUCCACUCUUAUAACCACCGAAAAAAAAGUUCACGUUGAAAGUACUGUCACUACCACCACGAAAAUCAUUGAACAGAAGCGUCUCGCUAAUGGUCAUACAGAUGAAAACAAAAAUAAAGUCACUUUAAAGUCUACGGAAAAAAAAUUAUCGAUCGAUUAUAAAGUUGAAAAUUCAGUGUCUAUUAAAAAAUCUACUGAGAAAAAGCUUCCCGUGCCUUCUUUUCGUCGGGUCGAUGUUACCAUUGUUGAACAAGGGCAAGAUUCUUUUGAUCGACCUGAAGGACAUUAUCUCAGAUAUUUAGAACCUACUGAAAUGGAACUUGCCGAUCGAGUUGAGUAUGAUAUGGAUGAGCAAGAUUUAAUAUGGCUUAAUAUGCUAAAUAUUGAGCGGAAAAAAGAGGAACUUGGUGAGGUAUCUCCAGAAGAAUUCGAAGCGAUAAUGGAUAGAUUGGAAAAAGAGUGGUUUGACUUAACGAAAAAUAUCCCUAAAGCGCAAUCUGAUAAGGAUAGCUUACAACCAGAAGAUUCGGCUUGUGCCAUUUGUGACGAUGCCGAAUGCGAGAAUAGCAAUGCAAUUGUAUUUUGUGAUGGAUGUAAUCUAGCAGUUCAUCAAGAUUGUUAUGGGAUCCCAUAUAUUCCCGAAGGACAAUGGUUAUGCAGAAAAUGUAUGAUAUCUCCCGAAAAUCCAGUAUCGUGUAUAUUCUGCCCUAAUGAAGGCGGAGCUUUUAAACAAACAACUACCAAUCAUUGGGCCCACUUAUUAUGUGGUAUUUGGAUUCCUGAAGUGACAAUAUCUAAUGCCGUGUACAUGGAACCAAUCGACAAUAUUAACCGAAUUCCACGUAGCCGUUGGCGAUUGAUGUGUUAUAUUUGUCGCCAAAAGACGGGUGCAUGUAUUCAAUGCGAAAACAAACACUGUUUUACCGCCUUCCAUCCUACCUGUGCACGAAAAGCCAAAUUAUGCAUGAAAAUGAAGUCUGUCAGUUCAUAUUAUGAUAACUCAUUAAAGUCAUACUGUGACAAACAUACACCGCGCGAGUAUAAAGAUGCAGUGGAUGUUUCGACAACAGUCGCUGCUGCACAAGCUGCUUUUGUAGCAAAAGCACCAGCAAUAAAAAAGCGAAAAUUAUACAAAUAUGAUUCCGAUGACUCGGAUGAGUUCAUUCCCGAAGAUGAAAAAGAAGAAUCAGAAAUUGAUAUUGAAGACGAAGAUGAAUUCUACGAAGUGAAUAAUGGUGUAAAUAAACGGAAAAGAGCGCAAUAUUCUUCUCCUGAAAGCAGUCAAAAUCGCCAAGAGGCUGAAGAGGAUUACAUUAAAACAGAUCAAAAUUUGGAGCAGGGAAAUAAUAAGGCCGCUCGUGCAUAUAAUCAUUCGUAUUCUGCAAGUGCACCGAUAGCUCCAGCAAUUAUAAUGCAAAAAUUAUUACCAGUCCUUCAAAAGUCAAAAAAUUUUUUGCGAAAGAAAGGAGAAUUACCAUGGACCGCAUCGGCAUCUGUGCUUAAACAAACUGAAGCUGAAAAAGCUAUAAGAUUUGAGAUAAUGCGUGUUUUACGUAAAGAUAUCGAAAAAGUACGAAUGUUAGCAGAUUCUGUACAAAGACGCGAAAAAGGAAAAUUGAGAAGAUAUAGGAUGAUAAGAACAAUGCUCGAGACAAUUUUAUAUCCAUUGACAAGGAUACUUCGAGAAGCUUUAGAGGAUAUUCAAUUAUUAGAUAAACAAGAAUUAUUUGCUAAGCCAGUGUCGGCGGAAGAAGUGCCCGAUUAUUACUUACACAUCAAAAAUCCAAUGGACUUUAGUACAAUACGUAAGAAAAUCGAUACCUAUGUAUACGAUGAUAUUGCUUCAUUUAAGGAGGAUCUAGAAUUGAUCUUUCGUAAUGCAAUGACCUAUAACACAAAUCACACGACCUAUUUUAGGACUGCGCGAAGAAUGCAAACUCAAUGUCAAGAAAUGCUUGCGAGAGCAGAAAAAGAAUAUGCUGAGUUGCCAGUCAAUCCAGAAACCAAAAUGCUCGAUAUCGAAUUAAAUCCCGAAAUUUUUACUUUUAAUAUGGAACCUUUGAUGUUACCUAAUCGUGACACUGAAGUAGCCGAUGUAAAAUCUGAUUCAGAAGCAGACGAUGAUAAGAUAAUAGUGCCAAUGGAUGUGGAAACAGUUGCUCCACGUAGAACGCGAUCAAGUGUAGCCAAGGAAAAUGAAGAUGAAGAUGAGGAGGAGCCAAUUGAUGAUGCUGAAGAAACCCAGGAAGAUACCAAAAAAUCUUCCACGGCAAUAGUUCCUCGAUCCGAAGAAACAGAGUUGGAGGAAGAUCAAGAUGCGCCCAGGACUGACAACGAUAUGACCGUCCCUACCACGGAAAGUGUUGCUAAUGGUGAAGAGAAUCCCGAAAUCGCACAUGGGAGUCUAGUUUGGGCAAAAAUGCAAGGUUUCCCUUGGUAUCCAGCUGAGGUUGAAGACCCGAGCAGCUCAUACAUCACACCCGAAAUUAUGGCUGAUCGAAAGGAAGGCGAUACAUAUCUCGUUCAUUUUUUUGACGAAAAAUAUGGAAAGAAGGGCGGUCAUGGACGUACUUGGAAAUGGGUCCCGGCAUCUAAAGUUCUCUUGCUUGGAAACGACGAAGAAACUGAUAUGGGAAAAUUAAAGGAUAAAGCAAUGACGUCAACUAUGAAGAAGGAAAUCCCAUUAGCGUAUGCUGCUGCAUGUUCUACGAAGGGUCUUUCAUCGUCUAUUUUGCAUAAGCUUGGAAGAAAUAUUAAGCUUGCGAAAUCAUCCAAAGUCAAAGGAAAAAAAAAUUGA